ACCGAAUACCCCUCUUUGAAAUUGUCUGCGUCAUUUGACGACGAAAUCCGCUUGAAUACGAGAUUUCAUCUUAGGCCGCAAAUGGACAAACCUUUAUCUCAACCAAUUUUUUUCUAUUCUGAUGACUGCUGAGACAUUGAAGCCUGACUGACCUAAAUUAACGCAUGUUGCAGGGAGCUGAUAAUAUAACCAGUGCUGGACCUGGGAGACUGACGAAAAAGCAGCAAGCAAAUUUCUUGGUUAAAAAGUCAUAGACCUUUUCUUAGUAACGAUCCGGUAUUUCUUCAUGGCCACCGCUGCAGCACCUUCGUUUCAUUCGUCAAAAGAGACAACCAAUUACGCCCGGCUGUGCAGGCUUCUGGUGGAUGUCGGAUCAGAUGUCCUGAGAGAAGCAUUUGAAAAGAAGCGUCCAACCGGUAACCUAGACACAGUUUUGUCCAGUCCUCCAGUCCAUACAGUGCUACAAUCACUGAAAAAGAAAGUGUUAAAUCCCCUACAAUGGGGCAAACUGUAUCCUGCUGUCAGAUCCUCAGUUUCAUCGAAGAAUUUCGAUAUAACUCUUCUUAUGGUCUUGCUGAGGAACAUUUGUGGUCUUGCUCCUCCAGCGACAGGCUGGGAUACACUUCCUCCUGCCACAGACACAACCUUCGAGGCAGAUAUCGUUCGUAUCAAGUGCUACAGAAACACAGUUUAUGGUCAUGUCAGCAACUCCUCAGUUGAUGACCCAACAUUCAAUCAAUACUGGCAGGACAUCCAAGAUUCAUUGGUGAGACUAGGAGGAACUGGUUAUCGAAGUGCUAUUGAUGAUCUGAAGAAGGAAUGCAUGGACCCUGAUUUCGAAGAACACUACAAAGAGCUUCUUAAACAGUGCAUCAUGGAUGAAGUCAGCAUCAAAGAAAAAUUGGAUGAAAUUGGUAAAAGCCUGCAUGAAAUGACAGAGCAGUUUGGUAAAAGCAUGGAUGAAUUAAAGGAAGCAAUCGUUAACCCUAUAAAGAAAGCAGAAGACAAAGCUGUAGCAGAAUACUCCGAUGCGUUAAAAGAAUCAAUAAGAAGCCAAACCGAGUACCUCGCUAAUGCCUCACCGGCCAUGUCCAAUGUGAGAACAGAUCACAUAUUCACCAACAUCCUCAUGCAACAUGGAAGAAAACCAGUCGAGGAUCUUGAUGUGAAAAGAAAAGAACGCCUUCGCCAGUAUGGUCAAAUUGGUGGAAAGCAAAUUAAAAGCUCUCAAGAAAUUUUCAUCCCAACUGACGGAAAACAUCCUGAAUCUGUUCUUGUCACUGGAAAGGCAGGCAUUGGUAAAACACUGUUUUGUCAAAAGGUGAUCAGAGAUUGGGCUGACAACAAAUUGUUUCGAUCCGGAGCAAAUGCAGAAGUACCUGAUUUUAAGUUCGCAUACUUACUUACGUUCCGUCAGCUUAAUCUACUUGGGGACGACCCUGUUACCUUGGAGGAUAUCCUAAACCGAUCCUCAGUGCUAGACGACCACUCAAACAUCGACGACUCUAUAUUUGAGUACAUUGUUCAUCAUUCCGAAGAAGUUUUGAUUAUAAUCGACGGGUAUGACGAGUGUUCACAACAAGAGUACAUUGCUAGUGAUUCAGAUGAAAAGUACCCAAAUAACGCCAAAAAGAAAAUGCCAGUAGCAGCACUGUGUGCCAAGCUUAUCAAAGGAAAAAUACUGAGAGGUUCAGUCGUCAUGAUCACGUCAAGACCCGAUGAAUCUGACAAAAUAAAAGCCAAAGACAUCUAUUUUGAUAGAUACGUUGAAAUUACAGGAUUUUCCGAGCCACAAGUAAAAGAAUACAUUGCAAAGUAUUUUAAAAACAACGACCGAAUGAAAAAUAUUGUAAUUGACCACAUUACAAAGAAUGUCAAUCUUAUCAGCUUUGCCCACAUUCCUGUGCUCUGUUUUCUUAUGUGCUCCUACUUUGAAUAUACUCUACAGCAAUCAAAGAAGAAUAAUCCUCUCCCGGUGAAAACAAGUGACCUUUAUGAUGAAGUGGUCAACAUGUUCGUGCAAAAGCACGAUAAAAAGAAAAGAGCCUCUCUCGAAGAGACUCUGGAUGAAUUAUCAGAGCUGGCUGCUCAACUUCUUCUGGAGAGGAGGUUUCUUUUCCUUAAAGAGGAUUUGAAAACUCUUGACUUACACGAGUUUGAAAGGCUGUGUGGAAGCGGUCUUCUUCAUUGCGGUCCUCCUUUCAGAAAAUCUUUUUCUACGACGACUAAACAUUUUUUUUUUACACACUUGACUGUCCAAGAGUACUUAGCGGCUCGUUGCUUUGUAAAGACAAGAACAAUCCCCCCCAGACAUGUGUCUACAGAAGUAGUUCUAUUUAUGUCGGGUAUUUUGUCCAAGCAAAAAGACAACGAAUUUGUGGAAAAGUUGAUUAUCAACAAAUUUCUCAGCGACGACCUAUCAGCAGAUGAAUGCACAAGGGGGCUUUUAAUUUCUAAAUGUCUCCUACAAUACGAAGACAUCGAGUUUGCUAAGGGAAUAGUAAGGAGAUUUCACGACAUAUUCUGCAUACGUAAUGGACGUUUUGAUCUUUCUCGCGUCGGGAUGGCGUAUGUGGACUGCCCUGUUGUGUCUUUUACAUUAAAUGUUUUUGGUGCGCUCAAUGCAGAGGAGGAAUCUGAAUGGAAUAGAAUCACCACGCUUGAACUGAGUGGUGGGGAGGUUACCGAUGCCGGUAUUGCCAGUCUAUGUCAAGAAUUACAGGCACCAACAUGUAAAGUCACCGAACUUCAUCUGGGUCAUAAUCAGAUCACCGAUGCCGGUGUUGUCAGUCUUUGUCAAGCAUUACAGGCACCAACAUGUAAAGUCACCGAACUUGAUCUGGUUGGUAAUCAGAUCACCGAUGCCGGUGUUGCUAGUCUAUGUCAAGCAUUACAGACACCAACAUGUAAAGUCACCGCACUUAAUCUGCGUGGUAAUCAGAUCACCGAUGCCGGUGUUGUCAGUCUCUGUGAAGCAUUACAAAUACCAACAUGGAAAGUAUGGGGAGCCAUUUGUGCCAAAAUUAUCACUCGUUAGUGAUGAAACUCAAUCGUUAGAGCUAUCAACAAAUCGUGUUUUAAAAUCAAUUUAGUCUCCGCUCUAAAAAAUGUUCAAUCAUUAGCCCUAAGCCUCAAUCGCUUGUGUUGUUCCACCAAUCGCCGUUGUAAGACUCCAAUUAAAAGCGCCAGUUGUAAAUCGCUGGUGUUCUGAGACAGAUCGAUAGCGCUUAAUAUCAAUUAUAGGUUUUAAUGUCAGUCGAUAGUGUUAAACGAGUAUGGCUUGUGUUAUUUGUAAAAUACAGAAAUUGUAACGAUGCCAAUCGUCAGUGCUGCCACCAAUCGUUUGUGAUAAGUACAAAUCGCUACCGCAAAACAUCAAUCUUUAGUGCUAGUAUCGACUUAUUAUCGAUUCUAACUUGAACCAGCUUGUUUAGCAAAGAUGAACCAAUCAAAUCUUGCUUACUUUCUUGCAAUCUGAUAAGGGACAUUAAAAUCCAAAAACAUAUUUUAAAUAGUUCUUUUUUCAUACUUAUAAAUGCCAGGCUAUGUCAAGCAUUGCAGACACCAACAUGUACAGUCACCGCACUUAAUCUGCGUAUAGUAUCAGAUCAUCGAUUCCGGUGUUGUCAGUCUAUGUUAAACAUUACGGACACCAAU